UCCGCCCAUGAUUGCUCAACGCUCACAAAACCAUCUGCCUGUCCUGGUUGAGGACAUUCGAUCCAGCACCACAAAUCCUGUCUCGCUGACCCCCAAAUACAUGGUUUUGACCGGCAAGUAGACACAAAAUAUUUGUCGCAGGCAUGAGCGUCUCUUACCCUCAUACACCGCCAUCGAAAGUCCCGACAGUUGAUGAGCAAAGAUUCAAAGCGGUCACCUCACCCUGCGAGUGGGUGGAGGACUACCGUCCUGGUGGCUAUCAUCCUAUCCACCUCGGCGAUGUCCUCAGAGAUGGCCAGUACAGCAUCAUGAGAAAACUUGGAGAGGGAUCCUACUCGACGGUUUGGCUUGCUCGUGACUUGCGCAAAAAUCGAUACGUCGCCUUGAAAAUUCUUGUGUCGGAAAUGUCGGCCUCGACAACUGAGCUGCGAAUUCUACGUCACAUCGCUGAAACUGCCCCAGGCGCCGCCCCUCAACACAUCGUCCAACUGCUAGAUGAUUUCCAGCUCUCUGGACCCAAUGGCACUCACAAGGUUCUAGUCUUGGAGCCUAUGGGUGCGAGUGUGGACAGCAUGGUUGAGCAACUACCUCAGUUCAAUCCUCGUAUAUGGGGCAUGAAGGUCCGCUACCCACCUCACAUGGCAAGGAGCAUUCUCAAACAGUCCCUGCAAGCGCUGGAAUUCCUCCACGGGGUUGGCGUCUCGCACGGAGACUUUCAGCCAGGAAACCUCCUGUUCUCCGUCAGGGACAUCGAGUCCACGCCUGAGGAAGUGCUUCGACAGGCUAAAGAUGUGCAAGCCGGCUCGAUCUCACCUCUUGUUGAAAGACUCGACGGUAAACAAGACAGAUGGGCUCCUCGGUACCUUUGCGUCGCGCAGCCUCUGGAAGAGUUCACCCACUAUACACAAGGCUUCACAAUUAAGCUCUCAGACAUGGGCGGCGCAUUCUUCUUCACGGACCCGCCAAUCAAACCGGUUACUCCCGUCGGCUUGCGGGCUCCCGAGUUGAUUCUGACCAAAACUGUCGACCGGACUCUUGACAUCUGGAGUUUUGGCUGCCUCAUAUUCGAGCUUAUGACCGGACAACCCCUCUUCUGCAUACCGGGACCUGACUUUGAAGACGAUGAACAUCUUCUCUCGCUCACAGCCGUUCUCGGUGCCCUACCCGAAAACCUAUUCCAGCAUUGGAAGACAGCCUCGCUCUACUUCACGCCCGACCGUAAGCUCUUCAAUUGCCAGCUUGGAGGGGUCGGGGAUGGAGAAGAGCCACUCAUGCUGGAGCAGACAUCCAUGGAGGAGCUCUUUGACCAGGCUGACCCGGACAUAAGUGAGGAAGAGGCCUGUGCCGUGAAGGAGCUCAUUCGCAGAAUCUUGCGGUACAACCCUGCAGAGCGACCCUCACCGGCGGAGCUCCUGCGUGAUCCCUGGUUUUCCAAGAUUGACGUUGAGACUGGCCUGCUUCUUUGA